AUGCCGUUGGUCAAUGGGACGGCGAAGGAGGUACGAGUGAGUCUCCUGGGUAAAGAAAGUAUCAUCAUAAAUUUCGGUCUAUGGCGAGAUUAUGUGGCCUCGGAUCUACUCACCAACUUCGAGUCAUCCACCUACGUCCUAAUCACCGACACGAAUCUCGGGGCUCUCUACAUACAAAGCUUCCAGGAAGCGUUUGACAUUGCGGCUAAGCAAAAACAAACUCCAUCACGAUUAUUGGUCCACGAGAUCCCUCCUGGUGAGAGCUCCAAAUCUCGACAAACAAAGGAUGACAUUGAAGACUGGCUUCUGAGUCAAAGCCCACCAUGCGGUCGAGACACCGUCAUAAUCGCUCUAGGAGGUGGUGUGGUUGGCGACCUGACAGGUUUUGUUGCUGCCACUUACAUGCGCGGAGUCCGAUUCGUUCAAGUUCCCACCACCCUUCUCGCCAUGGUUGACUCGUCCAUUGGCGGCAAGACAGCCAUCGACACCCCUCUUGGCAAGAAUCUCGUUGGAGCCAUUUGGCAACCACAGCGCAUCUACAUUGACCUCGAUUUCCUUGGAUCUCUCCCCCGACGAGAACUCAUCAAUGGGAUGGCUGAGGUCAUCAAAACCGCAGCCAUUUCAGACGAGGAAGAAUUCAUUACCCUCGAACACUCUGCUGAACGUAUUAUGGCAGCGGUCAAUGACGACAUCAGUCAAGGCGCGGCUAGAUUCAAGGAUAUCGAGGCUAUUUUGAUCAGAAUUAUAUCUGCAUCGGCGAGAUUCAAGGCUCACGUGGUCACUAUCGACGAACGAGAAACAGGCCUACGAAAUUUGUUGAACUUCGGUCACUCCAUUGGACAUGCCAUGGAAGCAUUCCUAACACCUCAAGUCCUUCAUGGGGAAUGCGUUGCCAUCGGCAUGGUCAAGGAAGCAGAGCUUGCUCGAUAUCUGGGCAUUCUCAGCGGAGCCGCCGUCGGCCGUUUGCAGAAGUGUUUGACUGCAUAUGGCCUACCCACGAGAUUCGAUGAUGAAAGAGUGCGUAAAUUGUCUGGUGGCAAGGUAUGCACGGUGAAUGACAUGCUCAAGAAAAUGGGAGUGGAUAAAAAGAACGACGGCGCAAAGAAGAAAGUGGUUCUUCUUUCAGCCAUUGGUCGAACUCACGAGCCAAAAGCCAGCGUCGUGUCAGAUUCUGAUCUUCGUGUGGUGCUGUCUCCAAGUGUCGCGGUACUUCCUGGCGUGCCCAAGGAUCUGAAUGUGACUUGUGUGCCUCCAGGGUCCAAGAGCAUUUCCAACCGAGCUCUUGUUUUGGCGGCCCUUGGCCAAGGCACAUGUCGUGUCAAGAAUCUUCUCACAUCGGCCGAUACGGAAGUCAUGCUGGAGGCAUUAACUCGGCUUGGAGCCGCCACCUUUUCCUGGGAGGAAGACGGUGAGAUUCUCGUGGUGAACGGCAAUGGUGGUCGCCUCGAAGCCACCCAACACGAGCUUUAUCUUGGAAAUGCUGGCACGGCUGCCAGAUUCUUGACGACCGUCGCUACUUUGGCCCGACAGAGUCAUGUAGCAUCGACGAUUCUCACCGGAAACGCCCGUAUGAAGCAACGACCCAUCGGAGAUCUUGUCGACGCCCUGAAAGCGAAUGGUUCCGAGAUGGAGUAUCUUGAAAGUAUCGGGUGUCUCCCACUCAACAUUGCGGCCUCGGGCGGCUUCCACGGUGGUGAAAUCAACUUAGCCGCCAAAGUCUCAUCACAAUAUGUCUCUUCGCUUCUGAUGUGUGCACCUUAUGCGAAGAAGCCUGUGACCCUGAAACUUGUGGGUGGGAAACCUGUUUCGCAACCAUAUAUCGAGAUGACCGUCGCGAUGAUGGCCUCUUUCGGUAUCCAAGUUACCAAAUCAGCGACAGAGGAAUAUACCUAUCACAUUCCGCAAGGCCACUAUCAAAACCCAGAGGAGUACGUCGUGGAGAGUGAUGCAAGUUCUGCCACGUAUCCUUUAGCAAUCGCAGCCAUCACCGGCACCACAUGUACCAUCCCCAACAUCGGCUCGGCCUCUUUCCAAGGAGAUUCACGCUUCGCCACCGACGUCCUGAGACCGAUGGGAUGUAAUGUCAAGCAGACUCUCACUUCUACCACCGUGACCGGCCCUGGCCAAGGGAAAUUAAUAUCGCUACCAAACAUCGACAUGGAGCCAAUGACCGACGCAUUUUUGACUGCGUCAGUUCUGGCAGCUGUUGCUCAAGGCGGAAAGACGAAUACAACUCGCAUAUACGGUAUUGCGAAUCAACGAGUAAAGGAGUGCAAUCGUAUACAGGCGAUGGACGACGAAUUGGCGAAAUUUGGUGUCAAAUGUCGACAGUUCGACGACGGCAUCGAAGUCGACGGUGUGGAACGGGUACAACUACAACCACCCAGAGACGGUGUCCAUUGCUACGACGAUCACCGAGUUGCUAUGAGCUUCAGCGUUCUAGCAUUAGCAGCUUCCCAACCCACGCUGAUCCUCGAGAAAGAGUGUACGGGAAAGACAUGGCCUGGAUGGUGGGACACCAUGGCUCGACAAUUUGAUGUGAAGCUUGAAGGCAGGGAAUUGGCGUCUACCGUGCACAAGACAAGGAAAAAGCUGGAUCGAAGUGCCGCCUCCAUUUUCAUCGUUGGCAUGAGAGGUGCUGGAAAGACCACUUCUGGCCGUUGGGCAGCAAGAUCCCUGGGCAAGAAAUUGAUCGAUCUCGACACCGAACUCGAGAUUCGCGAGAACAAAUCGAUCCCAGACAUAGUUCGGGAGCGUGGCUGGGAGUAUUUCCGAGAGCGGGAACUAGCACUUCUCAAAACCGUUAUAAAGGAGAUGCCGAAUGACCAUGUCUUUGCAUGCGGUGGAGGAAUCGUGGAGAUGCCAGAAGCACGGAAACUGUUGAUCGAAUGGCACCAGAAGAAAGGCCAUGUUCUUUUAGUCCAGCGUGACAUCGGCCAGGUGAUGGAUUUUCUCCAAAUCGACAAAACACGACCGGCCUAUGUCGAGGACAUGAUGAGUGUGUGGCUCCGAAGAAAACCCUGGUUUGAGGAAUGCAGCAAUAUCCUUUACUACAGCCAACACAUCCCGAAUGAGCAAAUGUCAGAAGCUGCUGAAGAUUUCGAUCGCUUCUUGCAGAUGGUCACGGGCAAAGUCGAUGUGCUGUCCCAGUUCAAGCAAAAGGAGGUGACCUUUUUUGCGGCUCUCACAUUCCCUGACCUACGACCACGUCUGCAAAUCCUACCCAAAGUCAGCCUUGGAUCCGAUGCGGUGGAACUCCGAGUCGAUCUUCUCAAGGACCCAAGCUCGGACUCAGACAUCCCAUCAGCCGACUACGUGACUUCGCAAUUAUCUCUCCUCCGCGCUACAGUUCCGCUCCCGAUGGUGUUUACCAUCAGAACAAGCUCCCAAGGCGGCAGAUUCCCGGACCAUGCACACGCUGAAUACCUCAAGCUCUGCACGCUAGCGACCCGCAUGGGCUGCGAAUUCGUCGACCUGGAAGUGGCCUCAUUCCCCGAAUCCCUCCUCAAUUCAGUUCUCGACUUGAAAAACAGCUCCCACACCAAAAUCAUCGCCUCCCACCACGAUCCACGGGGUCGUCUUUCCUGGUCCAAACCUGGCUCCUGGAUCCCCGUGUACAAUAAAUGCCUCCAGUACGGAGACGUGGUGAAAUUGAUUGGCGUCGCCAAAACCAUCGACGACAACUUCUCCCUGCGGAACUUCAAGCACUGGUCCGCCUCACAACACCCUGAACUCCCACUCAUUGCCAUCAACAUGGGUCGUACAGGCCAAGCAUCGCGCAUCCUCAACGGCUUUAUGACUCCCGUAUCUCACCCUGCCCUGCCCUUUAAAGCAGCACCAGGACAACUCUCGGCCACUGAGAUCCGUCAAGGUCUAACACUCAUGGGCGAAAUCGUACCGAAACAAUUCUACCUCUUCGGCUUGCCUAUCCAAUCCAGCAAAUCUCCCGCUCUGCACAACACACUAUUCAAAGAAACAGGCCUUCCGCAUGCUUACUCACUAUGCGAAGGGACCUCGUUAGAAGUAAUCCAGGAGAAAAUCCGCGCCGAUGACUUUGGUGGCGCUAGCGUCACCAUCCCUCUGAAACUCGAUGUGAUGCCGCUUCUAGACGAAGUGGACCCGUCCGCCCGUUUGAUCGGGGCCGUCAACACGAUCGUGCCGGUCCCUGACCCACGGACUCCAGGCAAAAACAAACUCGUCGGCCGCAACACAGACUAUCUAGGCAUGAUGGACUGCUUGCGCGCAGCCGGCGCCUCCGCGGCUCUAGGCGAGGGCGAACAAUCCGGUCUCGCAAUCGGAGGAGGCGGCACCGCCCGCGCCGCAAUCCAAACCCUCCAUACAAUGGGCUACAAGCCAAUCUACCUGAUCGGGCGCAGCUACACCAAAGUUCUCGAACUAGCUGCGACAUUUCCACCGUACUACGACCUAGUCGUGCUGGAUGCAGAAUCUCCUGCGUCCCUAGACACAAUCCGCGCUCCGCCAGCCGUCGCCAUCGCCACGAUCCCCGCAGAUAUCCCUAUCGAUCCAGCAUUGGGGAAGGCGCUAAGCACCAUCUUCGCGAACUCCGCAAGCGCAGCGACGUCGACGUCGACAGCGCGGAAGGGCCAGGGCUCAGCGGCCCCAACGCGUACAUUGCUCGAACUUGCAUAUAAGCCGGCCCAAACGACCGUGAUGCAGAUGGCGGAGAGCGUUGGUGGAUGGAAGACUGUGCAAGGGCUCGAGACGCUGGUCACUCAGGGCCUGUGGCAGUUUGAGUACUGGACGGGAAUUAGGGAAGUCGUUCUCGGUCGCGACGCAUAG